AUGGAUGGCGAAUCCAAAUGCUCCGUCGAUGUCGCCGAGGGCGCCUACAUCAUGGCCAGCAUCAUGGCCGUCUCCGGCAUCAUGGUCACCGUCCUCGUGCUCUCCGGCCUCUUCCAUUCUGUGCUUCGACGUCUCGGACAGCCCAGCGUUAUCUCGCACAUCCUGGCAGGCAUCGUGGUUGGCCCGACGGUGCUUGGCCGUGCCAUAAACCUCCGCCAGCUGGGCAUGCGCGACGCCGGCGACGCGCUUGGCGGCACAAUUCGCUUCGUCCGCAUGGUGUUCAUGUUCUUCAUCGGCCUCGAGUUGGACCUGCGCUACUUGCGUCGCAACCUACGUCGCUCGCUAGUUGUGGCCUGCGGCGGCUCCGGGAUCUGCUUCGUCCUUGCCGUGCUGGCUGGGCCCUUCUCCUACGGCUUCUUGCACCCGAGGCAGGGCCACUUCCAGCCCAGCAACAUCUAUGCCUCCACCGCGCUCUUCGCAAUCGUGCUCACCAGCACCGCCUCACCCGUCCUCAUCCGCAUCGUCACCGAGCUCAAGCUGACCGGUUCCGAGACCGGACAGAUCGCCAUCGGCGCCGCCUUCGCCAACGACAUGGCCAGCCUCACCGCUCUAAGCAUCAUCAUUGUCACCCACACCCUGUACGGCAAGGUGCCCACGGAGAAGGAGUCCUCGCCGCUGGCCAAGGCCGCGGUGGUGGCGUGCAUGGCGCUGACGGUGUGGAUGGCUGUUAACCUUGCGGCGUGGGUGGCUCGCAUGCUCAACCGGCUCAAGCGCGGGAGGCAGUACAUCAGCAAGUACGAGCUGUGUGGUAUGCUGCUCCUUGUCGUGGGCCUCUCAAUGCUAGAGCAGAUCAUGGGCUACAGCGCCUCCAUGACGGCCUUCCUCAUCGGCCUCGCCAUGCCACGUGAGGGCCCCACCGCGCGGACGCUAAUGGACCGCCUCGCCUACCCUGUGCACCAGCUCUUCAUGCCACUCUGCUUCGGGGCCAUCGGUGCUCGCCUCGACUUCGCCAAGAUUGGGAACUUCACGGUGGUCCAGCUCGUUGUGGCCGUUACCUUCACCACGUUGUUGAGCACGGCGGGGAAGGUGGCCGGCACCGUGCUGGCAGGGCGGGCGUUGGGCAUCGCCACCCGAGAGGCCAUCGUGCUGGGUGCACUGCUCAACGUCAAGGGUUACUCGGAUAUCCUCGCCAUCAACUUUGGGAACAAGAUCAAUGUAUGGGGCGAGACCAUGCAGGUGGUGCUUCUCAUAUCGUCCAUCGUCAACACAUUCAUGGCCGGCCCUGCGUCCGCCGCCAUCGUCCGCCAGCAGCGUCGCGCCUCCCGCUAUCGCUCGCGCUGCCUCGAGGACCUUAGCGUGGACCAUGAGCUCCGCAUGCUCGUAUGCAUCCACGACGCCACUAGCGUCUACUCGAUGCUCACGCUCAGUGACCUCUCCAAGGGCAGGGCACCGGUCACCGUGUACCUAUUGCACCUUGUCGAGCUCGUGACAUCGCACAAGUACGCCAUCACGCAACAGCUGUACCAUGCCCGAGACGGUGGCCAGGAUGAGGACGAGGACGAGUGGGGCUACGCGCGUGAGAUCGAGCAGGUGGCCUCCGCUGUGGCGACCUUCACCUAUGACAAUGCCAUCCUCGUGCGGCAGAUGACGGCCAUAUCCAACUUGGGUUCCAUGGAUACAGAUGUGCGCAACUGUGUGGAGGAUGCGCGUGCGUCGCUAGUGAUCAUGCCCUUCCACAAGGAGCAACGCUACGAUGGGCGCAUGGUGUGCCGGCAUGAGGGGCGGCGCCAACUGAACCAACAGAUCCUGCAUAGGGCUCCUUGCACGGUGGGGAUCCUUGUGGAGCGCUGUUUUGCUAAUGAGGUCACGGGAGAGAAUCAUCAGGUGGUGGCGUUGUUCCUGGGCGGUGCUGAUGACAGGGAGGCAGUGUCAUAUGCAAUACGGCUGGCAGUGCAACCGUCAGUGACAGUGGCUGUGUGCAGGUUCCUUCUUCCAAGCGGAAGGGGUUUAUCGGGCAACCCGAAGGUGAUGGAGGAGGCCAUGGAAGAUGAGGAAUUCAUGGCAGACCUAUACGCGAGGUUUGUGGCACCAGGUCACGUAUCAUACAUGGAGAAGUACGUGAGCAAUGGCGCGGAGACAGUAAACGCGCUUAGCUCCAUGGUGGGUACAUGCUCACUCUUCGUCGUGGGAAAGGGUGAUAGGGCCCACGGCAGCAGAGGCGUGAUGACGAGUGACAUGGGCGAUUGGGAUGAAGAAUGCCAGGAGCUAGGGCCCAUUGGUGAGCUCCUGUCCUCGGACGAUUUGGUAGGUUGUGGUUCCGUUCUAGUGCUGCAGCAGCAUAACAAGCACAAGAUGAAGACAUGGAACAAGGACAACCAACAACAACAAUGUCAUCAAGCUCAGGGCCACCAAGCUAGUGUAGUCGAUGCCAAUGUUGUUGUUGACAUCAUUGGAUCCUUCUCCAGCAGAAGUAGUAGUAGUUAUUAUUCACAACAAGCAAAUUGA